AUGACAGCUACAGCCCAGUCGACCAAUGUGAGGUCAUGUCAGUGGAUACUGGGUUGGAUAUGGUGGGCCUUCCUGUGUACCUUAUAUAUGGCAGUCUUCUUGCUUCUCUUCUCCCUUUCUUCCUGUAUCAGGGGACCUAAAUAUCUCCCUUCCAGUGAGGAUGAGGGGAUACCCAGAACAGAAGUCCAGGAGAAGACAUUGACAAUUACAACACCCCUGCCAACCAGCAAGAAUGCUCAGAUCACCAGCCUAGCUGCCUCCUUUCAGAGUCCCAACUCCAUGAGCAAGAAGAGGCUUAGAGUGGAAUACUUCCAGGUAGAACCCCGAUGGAAAUUUGAGGAUGAAUAUAGAUUGGAAGAAGGAAGCCUACAAACAAAUUGUCCUGAUUCUGUGAAGGUCAAAGCUGUUCAGUCCUCUUGGCUUCGGGAACUCUUUCUACCCAACCUCACGCUCUUCCUGGAUUGGGAACAUUUCAACCUCAGUGAGUGGGAUCGGCUGGAACAUUUUAAGCCUCCUUUUGGCUUCAUGGGCCUUAAUUACUCCAUCAUUCAGGAAAUCCUGGAGAAGUUCCCACCUGUCUCUCAGCAGCAGAUUCUUUUGGCGGCCCACCCCCAACCCGGGGGCUCCCAUUGUGUUAGCUGUGCUGUGGUGGGGAAUGGAGGCAUCCUGAAAAGGUCUCGCAUGGGCCAGGAGAUAGACAGCCAUGACUAUGUAUUCAGGGUGAAUGGGGCUUUGAUCAAUGGCUAUGAGCAGGAUGUAGGUACCCGGACUUCCUUCUAUGGUUUCACCUUCUAUAGUCUGGCCACAUCACUCAAGUUGUUGAGGAAUCAGGGUUUUCACCAAAUGCCAAUGGAAAAGGACAUCCACUACUUGCACUUCCUUGAAGGGCAUAAGGAUUUUGAAUGGCUGAAGCACAUGCUACGUGACCAGAUAAUGGAAAAAGCUGUCAUGGAAAGACCUUUACGUGUAAAUGCUCACACCGAAAAUCUUCUCAGUGAUCAGUCCCUAUUUCCAGCCCCGAGUGGCCUGAUGCUGAUCACAGAUUCAACUCCCAGGAUGCUUUUUCUUCUAAUAAAGCCUUUUUCUUUGGACAGGUAUCUACUGAUACACCCAGACUUGCUUCGAUAUGUGAAGAACAGAUUUUUGCGGUCAGAUAUCCUAGAUACUAUCAACUGGACUUUGUACCGCCCCUCUAAUGGUGCCUUUCUGCUAUUCACUGCAAUCCAACUGUGUGAUCAGGUGAGUGCCUAUGGUUUCAUCAUCAAUGAUUUUCAUCAAUUUGCUGACCACUACUAUGACCCAGAGUGGAAAAAAAUGUUCUUAUACCUCAACCAUGACUUCAUCCUAGAGAUGAGAUUGUGGAAACAACUACACAAUGAAGGUAUCAUCCAGCUAUACCAAGGUCCCAAAGCCAUUACACAACAGAACUAGGAGGUGCUCAGAAGUGGCAGGUCUGCUUUGUCACAGUGUCGGUAGGAGAGAAGGCAUAUUGUGAAAGAAGAACAAGGGGAAAAGUUCCAAGCCUUGGAAAUUAUUUUAACUGUCCUCCUCCCUAACCAAGUAGUAAAGGCUCAUUUCAGCCCAAGACCAUGAGGAUUGAACUUUAUGCAUCUUUUGAGAAGAAAAUAGGAAAGUCUGAUGGGUUCCUGGAUUUGACCCAGAUGGAGUUAUAAAUAAAGAGUUAAUGCUAAGAUUUA